CGCCGCCAACAUCUUCUCGUCCCUCAAACUGGUGUACAUAUUCUCCGUGAACCCCCAUUUAGGGCCCCUACAGAUCAGUUUGGGCCGUAUGGUCAUCGAUAUACUCAAGUUCUUCAGUGUCUAUACAUUAGUGCUGUUUUCGUUCGCCUGCGGAAUGAAUCAAUUGCUUUGGUAUUACGCCGACAUGGAGAAGCAGGUGUGCGUAUUGCAGCAGACGCUCAAACCGAGCUCUAAGAACUACACGGAUAUCGCGGCCUCACAUCCCGACGCCUGUUUCAUGUGGAGGCGGUUUGCCAAUUUGUUUGAAUCGACGCAAACCCUGUUUUGGGCGAGUUUUGGACUCAUAGAUCUCGAGAACUUCGAGCUCACAGGAAUCCAGAGUUACACCCGAUUCUGGGGGCUAUUAAUGUUCGGCUCGUAUAGCGUUAUAAACGUAAUCGUGUUGUUGAAUCUGUUGAUAGCGAUGAUGAACCACUCAUAUCAGAUGAUCAGUGAACAGGCGGACAAGGAGUGGAAGUUCGCGCGAAGCAAACUAUGGAUGAGUUAUUUCAACGAUGGGGAGACCGUUCCGCCGCCGUUUAACGUCAUACCGACGCCCAAGUCUGUCAUCUAUUUCCUCAAAUGGCUGUUUCACAAGUGCUGCGGUCAGACGCGUAAGGCUAAGAACGAGGCCAUGAGAACAAUCAGGCGAAAGGCGCGCAAAGCGUCGGAAAGGGAUCACAAAUACCAGUCAGUGAUGCGAUCGCUGGUCAGGAGGUAUAUAACGAGCGAACAGCGCAUCCAAGAGCGCCAUAGAGUGGUGACCGAAGAUGACUGCAAUGAAAUCAAACAAGACAUCAGUGCUCUUCGCUACGAUUUGCUGGAAAUGCUCGGCACUAAUAAGGCAAGUUAUUAG